CGUGAGAGGGGGCGUGGAGCGACUUCCGCUCAAAGCCGGAAGACCGUUAACCUGGAUUCCUCCUCAGGCUCUCCCGGCGCUGGAAGGCCAAAGUUAUAUCAGAUAUGGAUUUAGAUGCAGAAAGAGAAAAGAUCACAAAACAAAUCAAGAAUCUAGAAAGGAUUUUGGAUCCUGACAUUGCAACAAUUGAAGUCGUCGUUUCUGAUUCAAAUCUCGAUUCAAAUUCAGAAGCAGAUUCCCUGGAAGAUGAAAACUGGGAUGAACACAUUCAUGUGGAGGAAGGAAGUUGGGGAGAAAGCGAUGAAGAUGAUGACUCGAAGGACCAAGUCCUUUCCAAAGAUCCAGAGACCUGUUUACAAUUGAACAUGGUAUAUCAGGAAGUUCUUCAGGAGAAAAUAGCAGAAAUUGACUUGCUGCUAGCUCAGAAUAAAGAGCAACAGGAAGAAGUCAUGUGGGAUCUGGCUGGUUCCAAAACCCCAAAGACCAAAGAUGGAAAAAGUCUCCCUUCAAAUGUAUUUGUGGGUCAUUUUAUGAAACCAUACUUCAAGGAUAAAGUCACAGGAAUUGGACCUCCAGCCAAUGAAGAUACACGGGAAAAGGCAACACAGGGCAUCAAGUCUUUUGAAGAACUUAUUGUGACCAAAUGGAAAUCUUGGGAAAAAACUUUGCUUAGGAAGUCGGUAAUGAGUGACCAUCUGCAACGUUUGCUUCAACCCAAGUUAUUAAAGCUCGAAUACUUAAAUCAAAAACUUGACAAAAUCAGUAACUCAAUGGAGAAGCAGAUCUUGGAGAAGCAAAUAAAGAACACUGAGAAAGAAAUUGAGGAUAUCAAUCAGCUACCAGAAGAGUCUUUGUUGGGGGAUAGAAUGGAUGAGCGAGAUUGGGAGAAGAUCUCUAAUAUUAAUUUUGAAGGUAGCCGAAGUGCUGAUGAAAUUAGGAAAUUCUGGCAGAACUGUGAACAUCCAAGCAUCAAUAAACAAGCAUGGGUUGAAGAAGAGACCAAGCGUCUGAAAGAGAUUGCUGCAAAGUAUAAUUACUUGGAGUGGCAGAAGAUUGCAACUGAGCUGGGGACCAACCGAAGUGCCUUCCAGUGUUUACAGAUGUACCAACAAUAUAAUAAAGACUUGAAGCGAAAGGAAUGGACAAAAGAAGAAGACCACAUGCUUACACAACUAGUUGAGGAAAUGAGAGUUGGAAGCCACAUCCCUUAUCGGAAAAUUGUUUACUACAUGGAGGGUAGAGAUUCAAUGCAGUUGAUCUAUCGUUGGACCAAGAGCUUAAAUCCCAGUUUGAAAAAAGGAUUCUGGACCCCAGAAGAAGAUGCUAAAUUACUCCAAGCUGUUGCCAAAUAUGGAGAACGCGAUUGGUUUAAAAUUCGGGAAGAGGUGCCAGGUAGGAGUGAUGCCCAGUGUCGAGAUCGGUAUCUAAGAAGAUUGCAUUUCAGCUUAAAGAAAGGAAGGUGGAAUGCAAAGGAAGAAGAAAAGUUAAUUGAAUUAAUAGAAAAAUAUGGUGCUGGUCACUGGGCAAAGAUAGCCUCUGAAUUGCCUCAUCGGACAGGAUCCCAAUGUCUGAGCAAAUGGAAAGCCUUGAUUAGGAAAAAGAAGAGGCCCCGAAAACGGCAGAAGUCCCGGAAGAAAUACAGCUCUAGCUCCUCCAGCAGUAGCAGUAGCAGUGAGGAUGCUGAACUGGAGUGGCAUAAAGACCUAGAGAAGGAGAAAGAUGCUGAAGGAGCACUAGAGACAUGCCAGUAUACAGUGCCCAACAUAGACACGUGGGUCCCCACUGGACAGAGUCACAUUGAAUUAUGGAAAGACCCAGGAGGGGACUAUUCCAGAUCUUCCACUAUUUCCCCUUGGCUUUCCAAAGCAUCUGUGUCCUCCAGAGUAGCUGCCAAAGAAGGUAGUAAGACAAUUCCAAAUGUAGCAGUGGCAAUGAGAAGGGAUUCCAUCUGGGACAAGGACGCUUUGGACCCCAGCACUGUCACUGUGAAUACUGAAGACACACAUCCAGCUGAUGUUGGUCUAGAGAAAUCACAGGAAGGAUUAGAAGAGGUCUCCAGAACUGGAAAACGUGUCCUAAAAGUUGCCCUGAAUGAUGUAAAGAAGGUGAUAAGGAUCAAUACUUGUUUGGAAUACCAGAAACUGAAAGAAAGGCUGAAGAAGACCCAUCUGUUCACUUCAUCCCUGGUAUCCAAAAUCGAUAGUGGAAUGGCCAUAGAAAAAGUGGUGCAUGUAUGGCACAAAACUUUUCUGAAUAGACAGCGGCAACAGAAGCUCGGCAUACAGAGGAAGAAGCUAGACCGCAAGCUCUUGAUGGCUGUGACUCCCUGGGUGGGUGAUAUUAUCAUCCCUUGUUGGAGUUCCAAGAAGACUGCUACAAUGCAGACUCGAGCAGAAGCCAUCAUGACAAAGUUGCAGACUAUCCAUCUGACAAGUACACCUGUGUUUACAUUGUUUAUUCAGUUGUUUCAGAUUGAUACUGAUGGCUGUCUUAAGGUGAUUGGAGAGAGGAAGACCAAGCAGUCAGAGCUGCUUUUGGCAAUUAGUGGAAAGCCACAGCGACCUCAGCAGGCAUCCUCCAGUUUACAGAAAUCUUCAGGAAGCCUCUUGAUGAAGGGCAAAGAAACACAAAGGAAAUCUACUAUCUCCAAGAUGAAAGAUUUGCCAGAGGCUGCCCAACUAGGGCCAGGGAUGUUACCAGCUUCUUUAGGCCCCAGACCAAAGCCCAAGACCGUCUCAGAACUCUUGAGGGAGAAACGACUCAGGGAAUCCCAAGCCAGUAAGGCCUUGGAGAGCACAGUGAUUCUUGCCCCUCAGGUGCUGGUCACCCCACCUGUGAUCCUUCAGCAACCUCUGCAACCACUUCUCCCUUCUUCUCUUUCCACGGCCCAGCCACUGGGAUCAGGGUCAGCUGGGAAACCAGUUGCUGUGACUUCAAGCCCAGCAGCCACAUUCCAAACACCUUCCCCUAUCAUAACUUCUACCAAGUCCCCUGAGAAAAAGUCUAUCACAAAUAACUCUGGAGCCUCCCAGGGAAAUGAAGUAAUUGUGGAAGAGAAAGUAAAUAGAACAGAGGGGACUUCUGCCCCCCAAGUUGGGGUCCUUACCUUAGGUCAGUCUUCCUCAUUGAUGAUAGCUAAAGGGCACUCUGCAUCUGGCGAGAGUCUGGGCCCCAGAGCAGCAACUAAUCUAGACCGAGGAGUAAGCCAGAUUUCCACCAGCACAGGACUGGCUGGCCUCCUGUCUUCCCAGGUUACUACCACUUCAGGGAAGCAGGAACUGCCCAAGGUACCUCCUUUUCUUGCUCCAGCUCAAGUCUCUGUGCAGCAGCCCAAACCCAUCAGCCUGGUGCCCACCCUUUCAGUUCCUACCUGUGGCCCACAGGUUGUCUCCAGCAACAUUUUGCCUAUCACAUGGGUAGUUACUACACAAGGGCUUGUCCCUAUGUCCAUGUCAACCUUUGUAGGCCUCCCUGGACCAGGCAAACCAAUUGGAACCCCUGUUCUCCCCAUCCUGGGGGGGAUAGCCAGGAAUCAAGCCACUCUAAAGCUUUUGCCUUCAUCCACAAUCAAGCAGAGCCCUAGGACCCCUGAACCAAGCCCCACUUCAGCCAAAAUGCCACUUAUUGCCAAUAAAACUCUUAAAGAAGAUUUGGCUUCAGAGGUAGUUGGACCAACCUUUCCAACACAAGCUUCAUCAGAUACAGGAAAUCACUCAGAAAAAAGCAGUCUUCCUGAAGAUAAAUCAUCUUCUGAAGAAGUGAAGACAGUUGGAGAGAGAUCCACAUCUUCUCCCCAGCCUGAAACCCAGUCCCAGACCAAGAACUCCAUAAGUCAGCCAAUGGUAGAGCCCAAUGGCUGCUACUCUGCCCCCACCCCAGAAGCCAAGAGCCCAGUUACAGUGAAUACAGAAGGCCAGGAUCCUUUACAGAAAGGCCUUUUACUGGAGACAAAAGACAAUCUUCCUGUUGAGAAUGGCAAUUCUGGGAAAUCAUUUCCCACACCCACAGGGACAUCUAAGCCCAUUACUCAGCAACAAGAAGGGAUGACUGCCCAAGACAAUCAGUCCAAAAGCUUGGAGCCUGGGAAAAGCAUUCUGGAUCUGAGCCUCCUCUCAUUGGACAAUGAAGCUUCUGUAAGGGAGUGGCUCAAAGGAAAGCAAGGUGUCUGCUUACCCCCACUUCAGAGCACAUUGCCCUAUCUGCCUCCCUUUUUGUGCAAUCUAAAGACCCUGUCAGGACUUCUGCUUCAAAAGAAAUCCCUGGAGCAGAGAGCAGCUACCAUAGUGGCACAGGAAAGAGUUCAGGACAAGAAUGAUGUGUCUAUACAAGAUGUUCAGGCAGUUCGGCACCUGGUACAAGAGCAACUUAAGGAGAACCCUGCAUACCUCCUCUUGAAAGCCAGAUUUUUGGCAGCUUUCGCCAUUCCAGCUUUUCUUGCCACUUUUCCCCCACCUAGGGUCUCAACCACCCUUUCACGGACCAUGGACAGAAACAGUGGAAGUGAGGAAGAAAAGGAGGAGCAGGAGAAAGAGUGCUCUCAGUUAGAGAACAGGCCCAAAGACAGGGAUUGUGGUGGAAAUGAACAGCUGUUAAACAUGAUUAGAGAUACCCAGUCUACCCCAGAGGCCAUGUCCUCUAGCCAGGGCUCCCAUCCUAUCCCAGAAGCCACGUCCAGUAACCUGGAUGCAGCAGAUUGUGACGUGCUGAAGACUAGAAAUGCCAUGCAUGCCAGAAAACGGAUGAGGAGAGUGUAAGAAGGGGCCUGGAGGCCUUGGCUUUUGCUGAAGGUAUUGUCUACAGGUGUGGGAACAACUGGAUGGAAGCAUUUUGGUCAUCCUUCGGAGCCCCUGCAUAUUCUACUGCAGGAUUCCUGGCCAUGAAAACUGCCUUCAAAUCUAAGGAAGUCUUAAACUUGCUUAAAGACCUUGCAAAAAUUAGAAAAAACAAAACAAAACCCAAGAAACCAUGAAGGAUAGGACAGCUUUUUUCUUAUGAAGGUUUUCUCUGUACAGACAGCAUUGAGUUAACACUUCUCACAUAGCUCCUCACUGAAGACCAGUUAUCAAACUAACCUCUCUGGAUUAUCACUUGUACUGUAAACCCUGGAAAUUGGAGUCUUCUGCAAGGCUUAUGUCACUGCUUUGUUGCACUAGCAUGAGGGAAGGAGGGAACCUGGGGACUGCUGGCUAGGGAGGAGAAGGAAGAGAGAAAUGGAAGGUUAUUUAUUUUUGCUGUCAAAAGAUUUAUUUUGUGUGAUCCCUUGAUUUUGGAUCAGAAGAGGUGACUGGGAUUCUCAGUUAUUUCCAUCUUCUAUGAUGUUGGUAAUGAAUGGUCCCUCGGCUGCUUUGAAGUGAUAAUACUUCUUUACUUGGAGGGGUUAUUUUUUUAUGCAAAUAAGUUUGAAUGGAGGGAAAGAUAUAAAUAUAUAUAUAUGUAUAUUUGUGUGUGUGUGUGUGUGUGUGUGUGUAGAUGCUAGAUAUUCUAUUUUCUCAUUAAAAACGAAAGCAAAAAAACUUUA